AUGUUCAAAGAUGAUUGGAAUAAGGUUUCGGACCAUGUUGGAUCGCGAACGCAAGACGAGUGUAUUUUACGGUUUUUGCAACUGCCCAUCCAAGACCCAUACCUUGGCUCGGAUGACGCACACGGUCCAGGAAGUGGUGAUUCUAUCUUAGGACCGCUUGCUUUCCAGCCGAUCCCUUUCUCGCAGUCCGGUAACCCGGUGAUGUCUACCGUUGCGUUUUUAGCCUCCGUUGUAGAUCCUAAGGUUGCUCAGGCGGCCACCAAGGCAGCGAUCGAGGAGUUUGCCAAGAUUAAAGAUGAGGUACCGGCGCUAAUGGUGGAGGCCCAUGCACGUAACGUACAAGCACAUGAGGAAAAGACUGGCGUGCUCGAUGGUACUGUUGGUCUGGCCAAGUCUGGGAUUGCAACCGAUGAUAAAAAAGAAAAGGAAGAAGGAGAGAAAAUGGAGACAGAUGAACCUGCAAAGAAGCCUGAUGAUGCUGCUGUUGAACAUGCUGCCAAAGUGGCCGUGAGUGAAAAUGUCCAAGCUGCUGCUGCGGCUGCUCUCGCUGCUGCUGCUGUGAAGGCUAAGCACCUCGCCACUAUUGAAGAGCGUCGAAUAAAGUCCUUAGUUGCUCAGCUGGUGGAAACGCAGAUGAAGAAGUUGGAAAUGAAACUGCGGCACUUUGACGAACUGGAACAGAUCAUGGACAAGGAAAGAGAAGCUCUGGAAUACCAACGUCAACAACUCAUUCUCGAAAGACAAGCUUUCCAUAUGGAUCAGCUUAGAUAUCUGGAACAACGCGCUAAGCAUGAGGCGCACAGUAAGAUGGUGGCAGCAGGACAGUUGCCACCAUCACUUCCACCCGGUUUUGAAGUGAGUGGUCCGCCUCAACCUACUCCUCAGGUUCAAGUUGCUGUUCCUCCAACCCAUGAA